GAGCAUAAAUCUGCGCUUGACGUAACCACUGCGUAGCCUACAGCGUCACAGACGGUAGUAGCCUACGUCCUCCUUGAACUACAAAACAAUCAUUGCGCUGCAAAGUCCAACAGCCUGCCUCCUCUCUCGUCCCAACUCAAACAUGGACUUCGAAAAGCUUUCGAUUGCCGCAAUUAUGCAGAAUAAAAAGCUGUAUCUUGUGAUCGGAGGAGCGGGUGCUGCGGUGGUCUGCUUGGGUCUGGCGUGGAGAAGUUUAAGGAGUAGAGAAAAGGUCCGAGUUGGAGUUGUAUCGCAACUUUUAGUUCACCCUCUGAAGUCCGGGAAAGGCAUCUCAGUGGCUUUGGCAGAAUGCCACCACAUCGGAUUAAAACAUGGAGAACUUCGGGAUCGGCACUGGCUGGUGGUCAAGGAGGACGGUCACAUGGUGACCGGGAGGCAGCAGCCGCGGCUGGUGCUGGUGGCCCUGACCAGCGACGGCGGGAGGCUAUGUCUGAACGGUCCUGGCAUGGAAGAGCUUCAGAUGCCCCUUCAGCAGCCCCACAACCCCAUCAUGGACUGCAGGGUGUUCGGUACGGACAUCCAGGGGAGGGACUGUGGCGACGAGGCAGCCCGCUGGCUCACCCGCUUUCUGGAGGGGGAGAUAGGCUACCGUCUGGUGCACUUUGAACCCCACAUGGAGCCCCGCAAGUCUGCCGACCAGGAGAAGCUGUUCUCCCAGGACGAGAAGGUGGCAUAUCCAGACGUUGGGCCUGUGAUGCUGCUGUCGGAGGCGUCAGUUGGAGACCUCAACGGCAAACUGCAGAAGGACGUUACGGUGGAGAGAUUCCGUCCUAACAUCGUCGUCAGUGACUGCAAUGCCUUUGAGGAGGAUUCUUGGACGGAGCUGCUGAUUGGCGAUGUCAGACUCCAUCGUGUAAUGUCAUGUGGAAGGUGCAUUUUCACCACCGUUGACCCAGAAACUGGUAUUAUAAGCAGGAAAGAGCCCCUGGACACACUAAAGGGAUAUCGACAGUGCCAACCGUCUGAGGCAGAAAUCUACAAAAAAUCACCGUUGUUUGGACAGUUUUUCACUGUCAAAAAGACGGGAAUCAUACAGGUUGGGGAUGUAGUAUAUCGGAUUGGUCGCUAGGAAGUGGAAAAAUGGUUGUUUGCUGUUGGCGAUCACUGUAAUUUAGAACUCUUUAGCAGCAUAACAAAAGCCAGUUCCUUGAUGUACAUUUCCAAUUAUGAAACAAUGAUGGCAAAAAGUGAGAUUAGAUCUCUGGGCAAAUUUUGCAGUCCUCACAAUAAUAUAUAAUUAAAUAAUUCCACUCCUCCGCCCACACAUGUUCUUCAUAAUCAAUGUGUGUGUGAAGUACAUGUAAAACACUACAGAGGACUACGGGGCUACAAUAUUUGCUGUAUUGUACUGUUAUUCAUAAACUAAUUGGGAUUUUUUUAUAAAUUACGAUUAUUAGGCAGUUUUACAUCUAUGUGUAUACUAGUGUGUAUAGUACAAGCAUGCAUUUUUGCAAGAAUCCAAUAGCCCACAAUUCAUUUUUGAUGUAAAUAAAGUUGACAUUAAUAAAUUACAAAUAAAUGAACUUAAUUUUCAUUUAUUUAUUCAUAAAUCCAAGUCAAAGCCAUAAAUCCAAUUCACUCAUUGAUAUGGGGAAAACAUACCUUUUUAAAUCUCCAAUAUAUAUUUCCAACAAAAGAAAUAUUUAUUUUGAAAACAAUUCAAGACAAAAGUAUGGAGAAACUGACGCUGAAACAACAAUGUGUUAAAUAUCAGAUAUACCACACAACAUUGCAACAAUGUAGCCUACUUUUAGAUCUUUGCCUAUGUAUCUAUUAGAUGAUCAGGUAUACAAACAGGUAUACAGAAUAUUGAAUUAAUUUGAUGUUGCGGAAUUAUGGUUAUUAAUAUGGACUAAUUUCCACCUAGACAUUUCAGUUAUGACUCUCAAAGACCUAAUUAUUAGUACAUUUUCAUGAUGGAAAACUUGUAAAUUGACAAUACAGCAUGUAACCGAGAAGAGCGCAAUAGGCCUAAUUCACAAAGCGGCAAUUUUGUUUCUAAAGGCUUUCUGGGUGGGCGAACUGAAUGUGGAAUUCUGCAUGCAGUUUCCCCAACCCAACUAGCAUUUAGAACCAAGAUAGCCAAUAGCUAGGUGCAUAAAAGCCCAUGGACACCAUUAGCAUAUGGGCAUCGUCUCCCAGUGGACAGCUCAAGCCCCCAGCAUCUUCUUGACCAUGUAACCCGGCAUGUUGUAGAUGAACAGGCCCAAAAUAGCCACCAGCAGCAGGAGAAACACCAGCUUGAUGACCAGCCAACGGUAUUGGUUACACACCAAGUUCUUCAUCGCUUUGAAAGGGAUCAGGAACCACAGCAGCGCAAUAUCAGGGCGGCUGGAGGAAGGAGGGAAGGGAGCACGCAUUAAAGAAUUGACUGAGAGAAUUCAGCUCCAGCAAGACACAGACUAUCCAUGAUAGACAAUGACAAAAGGAAGGGCCUUUUUGGCUGCACUAUUCAUUACUUUGUAGCAGUGAAUAGUUCAAUUUCAAUGAAUUCCAGGUAUACAUGUCAAUUAAGAUUGGGGAUUGGGACAACUUGCUCAACUUGAAGGGAUUUGGGUUUGCCCCAUAACUUGCGGUUGGGAUUCUAACACCCUUACCACUAGACUACCCGGUUGGUUGAUGGGUGGGCUCACAGAAAAAUAAUUUAAAUUGAAACAUAAAUUUGAACCCGAAACUGCUCCUCCACCGUAUACUGGUCACACGAGGGAGGUGCGUAGUCUGUAGUUUAGCCGUACCGCACAGCUCAUGUGUGUAACUGUUAUUGUUAUAUCAGGGAGACUACCCAAUAGGCUUUGCAUCAUGAUUGGUUUGUAUGCGAGACAUGUUGAAGUCAUUAUGGAUGGUGUAAGAAGAACAGGGAAGCGGUGCAUUUGAGAGUGUACAGGAAAGACUCGGGACACACGGACAUGGGAAGGACGCAAUAAUUGGACACUGAAGGAACUCAAGAGAGCUUUAUUCACAAAUUCCAGGUGUUGUGUAUGUAUAUAUGAAAACCGCACUCCAAUAAUUCAAAAUCAACAUACGUCCAACUCGAAACAGCUAGACCAAGGCAAACAUUCUGUGUUUGUCUAAACAACGCAACACUAAAAACGAGAAAAGAGAGGGCAAACACAAAAUAACUUUACUGACCAGUCUGCAUUUAAUUGAAAGCUUUAAGGUAAACCCUCUACCGACUUGCAACGUGGAAUCGAUUGACGAUCCGAAAAUGUGUAUAGAAAAAUAAGCAAUUCCAGACAAAGCCAUAAGUAUGCACCCGAAACCCUCCAUAAUGCCAAUAUAGAAAACAUUGUUUUCAAUACCCUCCAUAAGGGAUCCUCUUUUGAACAGCAACACAAUUGUUUGAUUUUCACAACAAGGCCAAUGCAAUAUAACUCCCACAGAGGAUUCUUUCCCAGUCCUAUACUACUUAAUUAUUUAUUCAGUUGCUUUAAACAAAAGCAAUUUACAGCGAAUUAAGACGUGUGUCAUUAGGAAGCAAGUAGGAAUUGGACAUCUUUUCAACAAUGCCUUCAGGUCAGACCGUCCCUGCGGACAUCGGAGUUCGACCCAGUACCUCUCGUCUGACCCGGCCUGCUACAAUAUGCUGCACCCUGAUAAAUACAUAAUACACCUAAAAUACAUUCCCUUGAAGAGUAAGAAACUCGAAACCUCUAGCUUUUCCCCAGAUAUGCGAUAGAGGCUAUAUCACAGCUUGACGUGGCUACGCCCCUAGCAUCUUCUUAACCAUGUAGCCGGGCAUGUUGUAGAGGAAGACGCCAAAUAGGGCCAACAGGAGCAGCGCCGUGACGAUCUUGAUGGUCAGCCACCUGUACUGGUUGCACAGCAGGUUUUUAAUGGCUUUGAAGGGGGUGAGGAACCAGAGGAGAGCGAUGUCUGGCCGGCUGGGGGACAAACAAGAUAUCAUCACCGUUACAAAGAGCACACCUCUUUUGCCAACCACAGAACAUUUCCAUGUCUGUCGUGUUGUUGUUUUUUCCUCUCCAUAACUUUGUUCCAUUUGUUUUCUGUCCCUGUAAAUUAUCUAUUUUUUCCUUCAGUUUAUUCCAACAGAUGCCAAGUCAUAAGAUUCAUUAUUUUUUCCAAAUGCUGACAAAAUAUGUUAAUUAAUCACAGAAAAUGGGUUAACGAACAGUUAAAACUUGUUGUGAAGCCAAAAGAAUGCACACCACAGUAUAUCAAGUCAACCGCUUUGGUCAAGGGGCAACAAACUCAUCUAUCAUUGGCUGUUGUGUGUGCCAAAUGUCCAUGGGUCUCCUCUUGGUUGGACCACCUGAGUAGUGGAUCAAGUGGACUCGGAGAUGCCCUUCUGCUUCACCAAACUCCAGGGGAAUCUCCCUGUUAGUUUGGCGGUACUUUAUUUUCUUCUGGUGUUAAUUCCGCCAUUGCGAUGCCCUUCAGUGUUCUUUUUUUCUGCCCUUAUUACCUGGUCAAUGGCAGGAAGUCAGGACCAAAUACAUGCCUGCAGAUCGCUCUCCUUGUGGUCCUGGUUUUGUUUCACCUGUCCACUGGAGAUGCACUUUUCCAA